UGUGGCCUGUCGCUUUACACGCAGCAUACAGACAGAGCAUGGAGACACUUCUUCUUCUAUUUCCUCAAUUCAACUACAUGGCCCCAAAGGAGGAAGCAUAUUUCAAAAUGCUUAGCCCAGAGCACUUGCAGGCACCAAAGAUGAAGGACGAUUCGAGCAGCCAGAAAGACAAGGAGAGGAAGAGUCGACUAAGCCUUUUUCUCACCAAGUCGGGCUCCCAUGAAAACGUCAGUCCCCAUAAAAAGACAAAUCCGGCGACCAGAAACAUCUCACCAGAGGCAGCUUUGCAGUGGAGCGACUCCUUUGAAGAACUGCUGAAGCACUCGGAUGGGGUAGAAACCUUCAGUCAGUUCCUCAGGACAGAGUUCAGUGAGGAGAACAUUCAGUUCUGGUUGGCCUGUGAAGAAUUCAAGACCAUCGAUUCUGAGACAAAGCUGCUGUCUAAGGCCCAAUGUAUUUAUACAGUAUUUAUUGAAUCGGAAGCCCCUAAAGAGGUCAACAUUGACUACAACACCAAGAUGGCCAUCAAGAAGGACAUGGCACAGCCCACAAAGGGCUGUUUUGAAGCCGCACAGAUGAAAAUCUACAGCCUGAUGAAAAAGGACUCCUACCCUCGGUUCCUGCACUCUGACAUUUAUAUGCGUCUCACCAGGCAGAAAGGCCCCGGGGCCAACAUGUUUCGCAGAAGGUCACGCUCCUGUGUGUUCAAUGAGCGAGGCGAGGUCACGACUGAGCCCUCGUCCUGGCAGCUGUAACGUCCUGGGCGAAGUCGGUCGCUCUGUGAAACAGAUUAAACAGGAGACAAUCCUUGAUUUGCAGCACAGUUAAUGUAGCACAGAGCUUUGUUAUUCACAGGUUUGCUUCUGUAAAGUGCAUAUGUUUUCUUUUUUGUAUAACCCCAGGGGUCAUAGGGGAUUAUGCAUAACAAUUACAGGGAUAUACAAUUAAGGCAAUGAUUUUUCUAAUUUGUGAAAUACAUCUAUUUGCUCUCUGUGGUACACAAGGGUCAAUACCUUUCUCCUGUGUGUAUAUAACAAGCUACAGCCAGCAGCCGGUUAGCUUGGCUUAUUUUAAGUGGUGGAAACAAGGGGAAAUCAGCCUGGCUCUGUCCAGUAUUAAAACAUCACAUCUGAAACUCACUACACUCACUAAGUCACUCACCAGCACGUAAAUUUGUUUCUAUUUAAAGGUUCAGUGUGUAGAAUUUAGUGACAUCUAGUGGCGAAGGUGCAUGUUGCAGCUCUCUGUAAAGUAUUUAAAUAUAAAGGGGCCCAUUCUAUAAAUUCAUUGAAUUUAGGUGAAACACACUAGUGAAAACAUCACUAGGAUUAUUUCAUAUUCAAUUUGUGCCAAUAGAUCCCUUUCACCUAAAUUGUACACACUGGACCUUUAAUCUGCACCAGACAGUUUCUUCUCCAGUAACCUCUUGGAGUCUUCACUGGUUUCAUCACAACCUCGCAUACGACAACAUACAUGGAAGUUUUAGUUUGCUGUUACCAGUAUUUAUUCUAAGCUACGCUAACUGACUGUUAUCCACCGUACAGACACAAGAGUGAUAUUGAUCUUCUCAUCUAAAUCUCGACAACCAAGCGAAUGAGUUUGUAUACUCAGAUGUAGUUUUUCUUUCAGUUCUAUACUACGCAGCUCGAUAACAGCAUGACACCAUUGGCCUUUCAGCUGUAAGAAUACAUUUAGAAAGGUUACGAGGCCGCUCCGUCACAGCCUUGUGGUUAUCUGAAAAUAGAGAAGGCCCUCUGGCCAGUCAGAAGUAUGUUUCCACAGAGAAUAGAGUAUCUGUCUGUCUAUCAGUAUAAAACCAGAGGAGUCUAUCUAGUCAUCGUCUUUCUCAGAGGCACUGAGCUGUUUCUGGAUUGAACCUGAUGAUUUCUAAAGUUUCUCAACUCUUGACAAAACUUCAUUGACAGCGGUAGACAGAAUCUCUUACUGCUUCUCUCUAGCUCUACUGUACAGGCCUCCACACUGACCUCAGACAUGCUACAUUUCCUCAUCUUUCAAACCAGAGACAGCACCUCAUAUACCACAUAAUUACAGUUGAUUUAGUGUAUAUAAAUUCCCCAUAUCACAUUAUAACAUAUUCAUGAUUUUAGCCCUCGCACUGUCCAAAUUGCCUCAAGUCUCACCUGCAGUGGAAGCCUGCAGCCAUGUAGAGAAGCUCUGAUACUUUUUAACGAGGGAUAGCGAUCUCUCAUUUCUAUUAACAAUUAUAAUGUAUUCUCACACACAAAAUAUGCAUGUAUCAUAUUUGAAUACUAAUAUCUUAUUAAUCAUGAUUGCUGUUUUUCAGUUUACUACCAUCUAACAUUAUUUAUGCCUUUGUUGUGAUCAUAUGUGUGUG